AGACGUGUCUUCGCGGCGACUGGCUAGCUACGGGAAGGGGCGGGGCGGGCCGCCCACAGGCCCACGGGGACUCCUGAGCGCGCUCCAGCUGACUGCCGGCCGGGGCCGGGUGACACAGCCUGCGGCGUUGUCCGGCCGGGUCUGGCAGCUCUGGCGGCAGCUAGGCACGCAGAGCACCGUGGUGUGACGAGGUCUCCCCUUCCCGGGAGCAGGGUCUGAGCCAACUCAACUUCCCCUCCCUGCCGCGCUCGGUGGUGACGGCCCACUGGAGUUCCGGUUCCGGUUGCUCUGCCGCGGGCGGGUGGUGAGUCUGGAGCCAGCGCGCGGUUGGCGGUCUACGUCGGCGCCUCCCCCUCGUCGUGUCUCGGGUUUGCUGCAGCUCGGGGGUCGUGCUGCCCCUAUCUCCCCUUUCGGGCGAUGGUGCGGCCUGAGGGCGCCUCCAUCCCCUGCCGCCGCUGAGUCGGGCCCCCCACUCCAUGGCCGCCUCGGCGCCGCCCCCACCGGACAAGCUGGAGGGAGGUAGCGGCCCCGCACCGCCCCCUGCGCCGCCCAGCACCGGGAGGAAGCAGGGCAAGGCCGGUCUGCAAAUGAAGAGCCCCGAAAAGAAGCGAAGAAAGUCAAACACUCAGGGUCCUGCAUACUCACAUCUGACGGAGUUUGCGCCACCCCCAACUCCCAUGGUGGAUCACUUGGUUGCUUCCAACCCUUUUGAGGAUGACUUCGGAGCCCCUAAGGUCGGGGGUGCAGCCCCUCCAUUCCUUGGCAGUCCUGUGCCCUUUGGAGGCUUCCGUGUACAGGGGGGCAUGGCAGGCCAAGUACCCCCAGGCUAUGGCACUGGGGGUGGAGGGGGUCCCCAGCCACUUCGUCGACAGCCCCCUCCUUUCCCUCCCAAUCCCAUGGGCCCAGCUUUUAAUAUGCCUCCCCAGGGCCCUGGCUAUCCACCCCCAGGCAACAUGAACUUUCCCAGCCAACCUUUCAACCAGUCUCUGGGUCAAAACUUUAGCCCUCCUGGUGGGCAGAUGAUGCCAGGCUCAGUGGGGGGAUUUGGCCCCAUGAUCUCGCCAACCAUGGGACAGCCUCCCAGAGGGGAGCUGGGCCCUCCUUCCCUCCCUCAGCGCUUUGCCCAGCCAGGGGCACCUUUUGGUCCUUCUCUUCAGAGACCUGGUCAGGGACUCCCCAGCUUGCCUCCCAACACAAGUCCCUUCCCUGGUCCAGACCCCGGUUUUCCUGGCCCUGGUGGUGAGGAUGGGGGCAAGCCCCUGAAUCCACCUGCCCCGACUGCUUUUCCUCAAGAGCCCCACUCAGGCUCCCCAGCUGCUGCUGUUAAUGGGAAUCAACCCAGUUUCCCCCCCAGCAGCAGUGGGCGGGGUGGAGGCACUCCAGAUACCAACAGUCUGGCACCCCCUGGCAAGGCAGGUGGGGGCUCAGGGCCACAGCCUCCUCCAGGCCUGGUGUACCCAUGUGGUGCUUGUCGAAGUGAGGUGAACGAUGACCAGGAUGCCAUUCUGUGUGAGGCCUCCUGUCAGAAGUGGUUUCACCGGGAGUGCACCGGCAUGACUGAGAGCGCCUAUGGGCUGCUGACCACUGAGGCCUCUGCCGUCUGGGCCUGUGAUCUCUGCCUCAAGACCAAGGAGAUCCAAUCUGUGUACAUCCGAGAGGGCAUGGGGCAGUUGGUAGCUGCUAACGACGGGUGACUCUGGCACAGUGGCCUGGGGAAGUGCACAUUUCCCUCCUGUUCUUGGAGGGUGAUGGUGUGGCUCUUGUUUCCACUGGCUUCUCAUCCCCAUGGAGCAGAAACACGUGGUUCCUCAGGGCAGAAAAGGAACUGAGGUGGGCAGGCAGAAGAACCUGGAUUGUUCAUUUUUCUGGGAACUUGUGCUUCAAGGUCUACAGAGAUCCAGGAAACUAAAGCCCUGUGGCUGUCUGGAGGCCUAAGGGUGCUGGCUGCAAGAGAAAGGGGGCCAGAGAAAGUUCCAGAAGGCAAGGGUAUGCUAUGUGCAGAUGACAAAUGCCCCUACUGUGCCUAAAAUCCCCGUCUAGCCCUACAACUCCAGCCUUUGCUUUUGGAGUCAUGUAUUCAAGCUUCCUUCACAUCUCUACAACAGCCCUUUUAUGGGUUCUACAAGUAAAUGGGGAUUUCAUUCUUUUUCUGUCCUUCUUUGCUUCCCCCAGACCUGUCAUUCCUCUCCCCUCAGAGCACCAAAUACCUUGGAAGAAGCAGGAGAGUCCCUGGCUAGGGCAGUUGCUUUUCUGGACAGUAGGUAAGAGAUGCUGAGAAGACCUUUUCUUCAUACCAAAGUCAUUGGUCCUUUCUUGGCUUCUCUUGUGCUUUUCUCUUAAUGACCAUGUAUUUGCCAAAAAUUGGGAUUUGUGGUCUAACUGACCAGAAUAUUUGAAGUUUGGGCUGUCUUGGAAAUCUGGAAUGGAGGUCUAACCCUCUCCCUGUCCAUCUGUUGCACGUGAUGAUAGUGCUGAGCUUCAGCUUUUGGUGCCCUCACUCCCCAAUUUCACUGACUUGAUUGGAAAAAUAUCUAGAAGCCCGGUAUGGUGGCACAUGCCUGUAGUCCCAGCACUUGGGAGGCAGAGGCAGGGGGAUCUUUGAGUUCAAGGCCAUCCUGAUCUACAUAGUGAGUCCCAGGAGAGCUGGAGCUAUGGGGAGAACCUGCUUCAAAAAGACCAAAAAAAAAAAAAAAAAAAGAAAAAAAUAUCUAGAAAGACUCAGAGCCCUUAUACCUCAUUUCCUCCCUGAUAAAAGAAUCCAAGUGAGGCCCUGUCUCAACUUUGUGAGUGGGGAUGGGAUCAUCAGAGCUUGGUACUGAAGGGUAGAGGAACUUGGAGUUUUCUGCUUUGUUCUUUCCUGGCUAUCCUGUGGUAUCCUCUUGGGCCUGGUGACAUAGCAUCUCUUUUUCCUUUAGCUAAAGACCUCCACAGGGCUUGAUUAAUUUUUUUUUAAAAAUUAUUUAUUUAAUAACCAUAUAAUUAGAAGAAGCAUUUCAUUACAACAGUAUUGACAUAUUCAGUAACAAUUUCCAGAGCUAAGAUGUAUCUCUUUCAAAAU